AUAGCAUCCCAUCUACUAACAAUCUACUAUGAGCGAUAUCUCAUGUUUGCUACUACACAAUAUUUCAAAUUGAAUAUUGAAGCAUCUGCUCAAUCCUAUAAUAUCGAUAAUUGUUUAUUCACAGUUGAUACUAUCAAAAUUGUUAUUAGGAUAUUACCAGCUAAAGAAGCUCCUAGAAUUGAUGAUCUACUUCAAGAAAUGUCACACCCCAUAUAA